GUCCCGGCGCGUGGGGACUUGCUGUAGAGUUUGAGUGGCGGGACCGCGGCGGCGGUGAGUGUGAGCGGCUCGGGCACCCCAGUCCAGCGCAGCCAUGCUGACCCCCGCGUUCGACCUCAGCCAGGACCCCGACUUCCUGACCGUCGCCAUCCGCGUGCCCUACGCCCGGGUCUCUGAGUUCGACGUUUAUUUCGAGGGGGUCGACUUCAAGUUCUACGCCAAGCCGUACUUUCUCAGAUUAACCCUUCCUGGAAGGGUUGUGGAAAAUGGAAACGAACAAGGAUCCUAUGAUACAGAUAAAGGAAUAUUUACCAUUCGAUUGCCCAAAGAAACUCCUGGCCAGCAUUUUGAGGGGCUGAACAUGUUAACUGCUCUUCUGGCACCAAGAAAAUCCAGGACUGCAAAACCACUUGUGGAAGAAAUAGGUGCAUCUGAGGUUUCUGAGGGAGGAGUAGAAGAUGAAGAUGGAGAAUUCGACUGGGAAAUUGAACAGUCCCCCUAUGAAGACGCAUCUGAAGGUGCUCUGAAUCCUCAGUACCACUAUGGCUUUGGAAACUUGCGAUCUGGAGUGUUUCAGCGGUUACAGGAUGAAUUGAGUGAUGUUAUUGAUAUUAAGGAUCCAGAUUUCACUCCUACAGCUGAACGAAGACAGAAACGCCUGGCUGCUGAGCUGGCCAAAUUUGAUCCUGAUCAUUAUCUAGCUGACUUUUUUGAAGACGAGGCUGUUGAACAGGUAUUGAAGUAUAAUCCUUGGUGGACUGAUAUAUAUUCAGAAAUGAUGGCCUCUUUGGCAAAGAAUCAGGAGCAAGAAAAUCAUGCUGCAUUAGUGUCUUUUUCUGAAGAAGAGAAAUACCAGCUACGAAAAUUUGUCAAUAAAUCUUACCUACUGGACAAGAGAGCUCGUCGCCAAGUGUACUACAGUUUGAUUGAUAUCCUUCUGGCGUAUUGCUAUGAAACUCGUGUCACUGAAGGAGAGAAGAAUGUCGAAUCUGCAUGGAAUAUUAGAAAACUGAGUCCCACACUGUGCUGGUUUGAGACUUGGACUAAUGUUCAUGAAAUUCUGGUGUCUUUUGGAAGACGAGUUUUGUGCUACCCACUUUAUCGCCACUUCAAGUUGGUGAUGAAAGCCUACAGAGACACUAUAAAGAUAUUACAACUAGGUAAAAGUGCAGUUUUAAAGUGUCUACUGGAUGUUCACAAAAUUUUUCAGGAAAAUGACCCCGCUUAUAUUCUGAAUGAUCUCUACAUCUCAGACUACUGUGUGUGGAUUCAGAAAGCCAAGUCCAAAAAGUUGGCAGCUCUUGCAGAAGCCUUAAAGGAAGUGUCGCUGACAAAGGCCCAGCUGGGACUAGACCUGGAAGUGCUGGAAGCCGCAGCUCUUCUUGUGCAGGAGGAGGAAAUGGCAGGAGAAGCAGCCCGUUCCAUUUCCAGGCAGCAGACCCCUUGCUCCAGUCCUGAGGCAAGUGAUUCCGAGGAAGCAGACAGCACCACGUCCUCUGAGACUGAGGGCUCGGACUCAGAACAAGGGGAGCUCACAGGAAGUGAAUCUGAGACAGCAGAUCCCUUGCGAGGCCCCUCCCUGGAGGGAGGCAGCACCCUGCUUAUUGUCGAUGGUGGGGUGUGCAGAAACUCAGCCACCGAGACCUCAGAUGGCGGUCCCGGAAAGCCGCCUGCCUCCUCCCGGGCUCUCGGAGGGUCCGGGCCGCUGGUAGAGGAGCUUGGAGAUCACCUGAACUCGACUGUUCAAGUUUCUGAACUCGACUCGGCUGCUGGAAGCCACAGCAGCGUGCGGGGCAGAGGUGACUGGCAAACACCAAAUUGACUCCGAGUGGUUUUCCCCACCGUUGAGAAUUAUGUCAGAUUUGGUUUCCUUUACUGAAUGGUAAUUCUUCAUUUUCACUUUGUCCUUUUUCUUAGCGUAUA